AUGUGCGAGGACCACAAUUUUACUUUUGAUCAUGACGGCACAGAGGACAAUGGAGAUAUGGAUGACCAUAGUCCCCAAGAAGACUUGUUUGACAACCUUGUGCCACUUACUGACAGCGGUGUGGAUAGUGGUUAUGGUGUGCAGGUCCAGUCGAUUACAUAUCGUCAAGUACAACAUGUUCAGACUGUGGUACCAGUAAUAUCUAUCAGAAUGUUGGAAUUUCUGGAGCUACGGGAACCUCUGCGAACGAAUUGUAGCGGGAUUCCUGAUCCGUGGUACUUCAAGGGACAUGUACACACGGCUUCCCUAGCAGUGUGUACUGUGCUCAUAAUAUUUGUUCUCAUGCUAGGUUGUAUUGGCAACGGAAUUGUUCUCCUUUCUGCUCUUAAAUGGAAGAAGUUACGGACAAAUUUUGACGUGUUGGUACUAAACCUAGCAGGUGCAGAUUUCCUCACCUGCACAUGUCUAGCACCUAUUUUCCUGUUCCUCUUAUAUUCGGACCCACCGACCCCAGUGACGUUCUGUGGGAGUAUCUUAUUUAUGGGGACAGUCAGUGGAAUGCUCUCUCAACUGACAUUGGUAGCAAUUUCUCUCCAUCGUCUUUCACGUGUCAUCGGCCGGGCCAGGAGCUCAUUAACGUUAAAACAUACUGGGAUAAUUCUAGGGAUGAUCUGGAUCGUGAGUCUGUCGGUGUCCUUAGGCGGAACACUUCACGUGACUCUGAACUGGAAUGGACAAUUGGGAACAUGCCAACCGAUUAUCAACAGUCCAAAUCGAUUCCAGCAAAAUUUUGUCUUGUUCUUCUUAGCUCCAGUGACAAUAGUAAGUUUCGCUGUUAUCACCGUUUCUUACGCGGUUAUUUGCUGGACAGUUCAGAAACAGGGAAGGUUCGUUCCUGAGAGUGUGUCAUCCCAGAGGUUCACUGGCGAUAGCCAUGACAGUCAAACUUCAGAAUUUCUCAGGGAUAGCCCACAAAAGGGAUGCAGCCCAGCUCCCCGUCAUUGCUGUACGUGUUCUAGCCAAACCUUUGUGAACAAGGACAACAAAGCAUUAACAAUGUGUCUGGUGGUCAUUUUCACAACUGGACUCUGCUGGGGACCGUUAAUUAUUUCACAGUUUAUCGAAGUCAUCACAGGCGAGUCCAUUAUUCUUUAUCAAGUGAAAUUAUGUGGAAUAGCUUUAGUAUUUCUCAAUAGUGCUCUUGACCCUUAUAUAUACGCCCAGCAUAUUGGUCAGAUGAAACACAGGUAUAGCAGAUGCUUUAAUAGUCUAGUCACCUGCAAAUCAGUCAGUCAGCGAGUUGUGUCAAGACUUCCUCGUGGUGGCCAAUUAGGGGACAUAUCCCCUAAUAAACGGACUAAGUCUAGCCGUGGUGUUGGUGGUGGGUUUUCCACAGAAAACACAAAGACUGCCGUGUUAGUACCUAGUGGCAAUAUAAAAAAACUACUCGAAAAGUGCGUGUCAAAUUCUACUGCCACCAUAGCCCAGAAUAGUGUAUACCGCAAUAACCUUCUUCUCCACACCAGUUCAUGCCAACAUCACAACCUCGCUCCACGGCUAGCAGACUGCGGGACGUAUUUCGUGGGGAAGGGAUCCAGUGGUGUUGUCAAUGGUUCAUGUAGCCAAACGAUAUCAAAGGAAAGUCAAAGCUUAAUGGAGGACCAAUAAUUUCAACAUUAUUACGACGUAUUUUAAGACAUGAAUAAUUUCCGAAUACGACGUUAAUUUUCAUUGUUCAAUGUGCCUUAAAAUGACACUAUAUAUGACUCGAAUUAACGUUUGAUUAAGAAUUUAUCUUGACAACUGAAUGGGAAUGAUCAUGUUAUGUAACAAUAUAUCAGUUGUUGUUUUUAUAAUAAAAUUAACAUUGUGCUAAAUUUUGCUUUGUAUAAUGUAUCCAUGAAAGGUGUUGAAUACAUGUAUUUUCCUUCCAUAAACAUAGGUCGGGAGAUAUUGACUCAUUUAAUGUGCUUUAGGUCUGGUAUUUUCAAUGUUUGCUAUAGGUCGCUGUAUUGAGGAUAGCAAAAAUCGCAACAUAAAUAGCUUGAAAAUGAAAUAAGUUAAGAAAACUUGCUCGUUCUAUGUCUUCCAAAAAAUACUUUGCUUCAUAUGGGCGUUUUUACUCGUAAAUUUGCACCUUCGAAAAUAACAGAGUUUACAAUAUGUGACAGAAUGAGCCGUUAUGUGUAUUAGUUUGUGUCUGUGUUAGGUGUUCUUUUGGAGCAAAGAGGAAGGAUUGGUGGUGCUUGUUUUAAGUUAAGCAUAUUUAAAACUGCUGCGUUUAUGAUUUCACUUACAGGAUACUAAAAUAUAACUCGAUAUUAAUUACAUUCCGCGUCAAAUCAGUGAGCUUGCCCUUGCAGAAUGCAAAAAUAUUUUGAUACAAGAAUCUUAUAUUGCAACAAAUCACAUUCUAAUUAAACAACACGAGGGUAUGUCCUAAUGGUAAUUGGUAGUACAUCACAUCGAAAGUUAAUUCCAACGUAUGUGGUAAAAUUCAAUUACUUUUCACAUGUUUGGUUGGGGUUUUAAAUGUUAAGAAACUUAAGCGUACCGAUGUUGGCAGUUAAUAGUUCAGUAAAGGUAUGUGUUGCAACAAUGUAAGUGAUCUUAGCCAAAGCAUUCAGAGACAUGUCCCGGUCCUGUCUGUGUAUGACCGUCUUUGUGUUGUAUAAUUCCUAACACAUAUCACUGUUAAUGACAUCCUUUAUAAAAACACUUACUUUUAAAGUAACACGAUUAAAACAGAACUAAAACUGAAUAUGAUAUUGAUAUUUUAUAUUUUAUGUCCAGAAUAACUGUUUAAUUCCUUUACCACGGAA